GCCGCUGAGUGGCCCAUUGCAUCAAGGGCGCUGCAUGUGCUUGGCGAGGGUUCCAUUGUCCUUCUCCACCUGCCACUUCCUUCCACCUGAAUCACCCGCCAAUUGCCCGCGCCGGUGAUUCCAGCCGCAUGGGAUGUGAACGACGGGAACUCACUCAUCAGUCUGCUGGACCAGAGCUUAUCGCCAAUUGUCGCUGGAUAGAUAGCGCAAUCUAUCUGUCGUCAAUCUCCCGAAUCCCCGUCGCUUGCCGCGCAGUUCUGCAUGAGCCUUGCUCUCGGGGCUCCACGUGAGCGACCUACGAUGCCAUGGCGGGCUUCAACUCCAUGCCGGCGAUGCAGUCCGGCGCCACCCCGGGCCCUGAUGCCAUGGCGAUGACCGCUCCGGACAUGGGAUCGUUCGAUGCGUCGAUGGCGUUUGACGAGUCUCUCUUCGAUUCGGUCCACGGCAUCCACAACAUCCCCUUCACGCCCACCACCUACGACUUCGAGACCUUCAGCACCACCUUCGAAGACCCCUUCUCGUACCCGGCCCGCCCCUUCGAAGGCGCCGGCGCCGGCGCGCUCGACGCCGAAGGCUACCACCACCUCGAUGCCUCGUCGCCGCAAGAGCUCGACAACAAGCUGCUCGGCUUCGGCCCGCCCAUCCCGGGCAAGGCCAGCCUGCUCACCGAUGCCGGCCAGUUCGUCGAGCCGGCCAUGACGGGCGAGCUGUACGGCAUGUUCUUCGUCGCCGAGGACGUCUUCGGCGCCGACAGCAACACCACGGGCCGCCCGCUCGAGCUGACGUGCUACCGCCGCAACCUGUGGCAGAUCUCCGGGCAGAUCACGCUGCCGCGGCACGUGGCGCAGUAUGUGGAUGACCAAGGGCGGCGGGCGCCUGUGGUGGAGCUGGCCGCGUCCAUCACCGCGGUCGAGAGCAUCGAGGGGAGGGUCGCCGAGAUGAUCACCAUCCCCUGGCGCGGGAGCAACGCGCCCAUGGGCGCCGAGGAGACCAAGGUGGUGAGCACGCCGCCGGUGGUACCGGUCGAUCUGGCGAGCGGGCAGGAGGUGGACGGCGGGAGCCGCGUGUCGGUGCCCGUCGCCUGGAAGCGGCUGCAGUUCAAGCAUGCGACGGCGAAUAAUGGGCGGAGGAAGGGACUGCAACAGCACUAUGUCGUGCAGAUCAAUCUGCUCGUGAAGGCCAAGAGCGGCGAGUACAUCAAGGUGGCCGAGAUCCAGUCUGGUCCGGUGAUUGUGAGAGGGCGGAGCCCGAGGAACUUCGACAGCCGAAAGGAGGUGCCGCUGGGGGAUAAGAGGCCACUCGAGAGGAGGAGCACUGAGGGGUCAGCGGGUAGUGGUGGAAAUUCAAGACAACAGCAAAAUCAUCUGGCAGGUCCCGACAAUGGAGAGCUAACACCCAAAUUGCCGCGAUAUAACUCAAACCCGGUGCAGCAAUCACCAUCCGACUGGGCAACCCCCUAUUCUUCCACCGCGCCCAACCCACACCCCAGCAAAAAGAUGGCCAUAUCUUCACCCAAUCUGAACCGACCGCCUGUCCCCUCCUGGGGAUCAUUAGACACCAAGCCGUCGACAAUCGCGGCUACCAGCAAGACGCAACGCAGCAAUAGCAACAGCAACACGGCACCCCAGCCCCUAUCACUAAGCCUCUCCCUCUCGGAAGACGAGCGCAGUCCGCCGAACCGCGCCGGCUCAAACGACAGCUCGCAGAGCCCACAGCGGGCAAAAUCAUCCAUGCUCUCCACGGGCGGGACGGGCCUGCCCGGUCAGGGGCAGAGCGGCGGGGCCGCUCACAAUACGCUCACCAGCCCGCUGGAGACGGAGGACAUGCUAUAUGAGUACUUCCCUCUCAGUCUGGAUGACUGGAUGCCGCCCGUCGACGCAAUCUACCGACCGCACGUCGUGCACCACACCAUUGUACCGCCCGAGGUGAAAGCGCAGCAGAUACGGAGUAAAUCCAAGCGGUACUUUGCUGCUGAUUAAGCCGGGGCGGUGGGGGAGGAUUCGAGCCUGAGUGGUAAACGCUUGCGCGGUAUACCUCUACAUCGUUCACCAGCAUUGCUAUAGCCUAAGUAUAACAUUAACGGCGGAGUUUGAAGAUGAAUAGGCUGUUGGCUACGUUGGGAUGAAAAGAAAGCUGUUAGUUACGUUCAGACGAAGGAAGAUGGGUGGCAUUGUUCGGAUGAUUUUAUAUGCGGUCUUGGUCUAGUGAUGUGUCGGAGAUGGCACGUGAGGCAUUGUACGGAUAGCCGGGGUGGGUGGAUGAAAGUGAAGUGAUGGAUGGUCUGAAGGAAUGUGACAGUUGGCCUUCGACUUUGCGUCGGCUUGGGUUUCUUAUUAGGCAGUGGUGGAUGGAUACCCAAUACAUUGAAUGACAUGGUACGC